GGGCAAGUUACUUAAUUAACCCUGCUUGCCUAAGUCUCUGCAUCUGUAAAGCGAAAAGGAGAAGGAAAUGGCAAAACGCUCCAGUAUCUUUGCCAAGAAAACCCGGACACAACUGAAAAAACAACUAAGCAACAAUAAACUAAACAAACAUGUAGCUAGUACAAAGUUCUUUGCAAACCUUAAAGCCCUGUGUUCAUGCUAGCUAGGGUGAAGUGCAUUACAAGUCUUAGAGCGAGGCAUAAAUGCUAGCAAGUGCAAAGUUCUUCGCAACCUGAAAUCACGAUUUAAAUCCUGCCUAAUAUUGAAUGGAAGAGCCAGCAUUCAAAACUGGAUUUUCUGGCUCCAAACCCAGAAUACUUUCCACCUCAACAAGCUGCCCUUUGGGUCCUGGAGUGGCACUUGAUCAAGCCCCACCUUUAUCCGUAGGACACUCUGACCUCUCUGUUGCACCAGCUUUUGCUCCAAUCUGAUGGCAUAUAACGACUGUUGAAUCCAAAGACCUCAAUCUUGGCUUUUUUGCAAGUUUAAGCUAAUGCUCUUGAGGAUACCUGCUACCUAUUUCUUUACCCAUUCUCACGCCCACCUUAUGAUGUAGGGAUAAGAAGGGUAAAAGCUUCCCAAUGGCGCAAGUAGGGGCAGUGGUGGCUGUGGCGACUAGUUUCUUCUGUGCAGCCCUCUUCUCAGCUGUGCACAAGAUUGAAGAAGGGCACAUUGGGGUAUACUACAGAGGUGGUGCUCUGUUGACCUCCACCAGUGGCCCUGGUUUCCAUCUCAUGCUUCCUUUCAUCACGUCGUAUAAGUCUGUGCAGACCACACUCCAGACCGAUGAAGUGAAGAAUGUGCCUUGUGGAACAAGUGGUGGUGUGAUGAUUUACUUCGACAGAAUUGAGGUGGUAAACUUCCUGAUACCAAAUGCUGUAUAUGACAUAGUGAAGAACUACACGGCUGACUACGACAAGGCCCUCAUCUUCAACAAGAUCCAUCAUGAGCUGAACCAGUUCUGUAGUGUACACACCCUCCAAGAGGUCUACAUUGAACUCUUUGAUCAGAUUGAUGAAAAUCUCAAACUAGCUUUGCAGCAAGACCUGACCUCCAUGGCCCCUGGACUUGUCAUUCAGGCUGUGCGGGUCACAAAGCCCAACAUUCCUGAGGCAAUCCGGAGAAACUACGAACUGAUGGAAAGUGAGAAGACAAAACUCCUUAUUGCAGCACAAAAACAGAAGGUGGUGGAAAAGGAAGCAGAAACAGAGCGGAAGAAGGCUCUCAUCGAGGCAGAAAAAGUGGCUCAGGUUGCAGAAAUCACGUAUGGGCAGAAAGUUAUGGAGAAGGAAACAGAGAAGAAGAUUUCAGAAAUUGAAGAUGCUGCAUUCCUAGCUCGAGAGAAAGCAAAAGCUGAUGCCGAGUGCUACACAGCCCUGAAAAUAGCUGAAGCAAAUAAGCUGAAGCUGACCCCGGAAUACCUGCAGCUGAUGAAGUACAAGGCAAUUGCCUCUAACAGCAAGAUUUACUUCGGCAAAGACAUCCCCAACAUGUUCAUGGACACCGCAGGCAGUCUGGCCAAGCAGUUUGAGGGGCAGGCCGAGGAUCUGGGCUCUGAACUCGAGGACAGCUGGGGGGCAGCCACAGAGGAGCAGUGAGCACAGUGUUUUAUACGGCCUUGAAGGACACCAAAAAGAGAUCUUUCUAUUUAUUUUUCAAAGAUGAAACAAUGUCCUUUCCCCAGAACUACCUUCUUGGACUCUCUUCUAAUACUGUGAUGAAGUGGAAGAAAAAGACUUAAACCCUCACUUGCUCUAGGGGCUUGUGAUUUGGAGCUUGGUACAGGUGGGUUAGAACUGACAGAUCUGAAAAGCACUGGUUUCCUCUAAACCCUUUGACUUCAGGUUCCAGGUUUGGCCCCUUUGAAGCUUGACUUCAUUAGGGAUGGUGUCGUUAAAGAGCAGGGAAAAUUCAGGGUGUUUCUGCUAGGUGAUUUGAUGCUUCUAUUUUAUGAAGAAGUAUGGUCUAGUUCUUUCACCCCUGCCUGCAACGUAGGGGGCUUUGAGGUGAAGCCCAGCAACUGAGCAAAACAUAUGUUUCCAAGGUUUGCCAGUGGAUUUAUGGAAAAACAUCUGCAGAAAGUCAAUUUUUUUUACUGGCAUUUCUUUAAUCACCUAUAUGUAUUGUUUUAGGGAUAUACUUUCUUUGAGCCCUUGUUUUAAAAAAUAUAAUAACGGUGCUAGGUUUUGCAAGGUUUUCUUCAUGUUCUUUGCCCUGCCCCAGGGUAUAGAGGCUGGGCAGAAUCUGAUUACACAUUUCCAGGACCAGUAUGUGGUCACUAUGCAGGCUUCUGAAACUUUUUCUCUCCCUCUUAACAUUCUGUGGAUUUUUCCUAAACGUAUAAACUAGCCACAAAAGUAAGCAAGCACCACUUUCUGGUUUUACUCAGCAUCAAAAAAACAAAAACACUCACCAGGUCUCUAAAGCCACUAAGGAAACACCCCCACCCAGAAAGUGAUAUCUUUGCCUUGAAAAUGUGUCUCUCUGUUACUCAGGGGAACAAAGGAGAAGCCCCAUAUUAUGGGAAACAUAAAAUGGCCCUGAUACGGUUUUUCUGAGCAUCUCUUCCUAGGCUCAUUUUUAAUGUUUUCAUGGGCAAUUGAGUGCCCUCUGGCUUACCUGAGACAAAAAAAAAGUCCAUUCUUUAAGCAGUGUGUUUUUGUGUUUUGUUUUUAAUUGCAGAACUCACUUAAGUCACUGAAUAAGCAGGUAGGAUGUCAUUAAGCCUCCUGGAGUAGCUUCAGAAAUAGAAUUCAAAGCACCUGCCUAGCAUCCUUGGAAAGGAACUCUUGCACCAAGAGUUUCAAAUGCAGAACACUACUUUAAAAUAGAACACUGCUUUGGAAAGUUUUGAACUAUCUUGGGAGAUUCUAAUAGUUUGUUUUUAGAGAAGCUUCCUUAAUAACUCUGUGAAAUGGGGGGUGGGGUGCAGUUUACAGCCCAUAGCCAGUUGGCUAAGUCCAGCUUGCUUUAACUUGGGAGGUGGAGAAAGCUGUCUGGAUACAUUGAGCCAUUCUCCUGGCACCAGCCCUGAACUUCCUUGGUUAUUCUACUUCCCAGGGAAUAAGAGCAUUAAUUACUCUGGCUUGGGUCUAGACCUCAUACCUGGACCCAUGCCUAAACAAGUGACUUGGUGGGUUGAGGGUUAGGGAGAGUUGCAGGGAGAGGGGAAUUAACUGGAGACUGUUAAUCCCGAAACAGGACAUACCUUGCCCCCACAGAGCUUCAGACUUUUUAGAAGUUUGGAGGAAAAGGAGGGAAAGGUCUUAGCAUUAUGGAGGUAAUUAGCUCUUCCUGUCUUAAACAUUGUUCCCAUUCUAAAGCCUGAGACUAAACUUUGCAAACCACUGCCCAAACUGCCUCUUUGAGCUGCCUGGCCUCAUGUAUUGUCCAAGAAGCAAAAUCCACACGUAGCAGUGAGGGAUGCAUUCUGUAUGUGGCUCCUCAGUAUCACUCCCCUGCCCCAUCAGAGCAUCUCCUCCUUUACAGAACUCUUAAUUCCUCUUCUUUUAGAAUAUUCAGAGACUCCAUUGGCUCUGUGAUCUCAUCAAUAUGGGUAUUCCCUUCAACAGUGCAGAUCGCAGCCCAUCUAUACCUACCUAUCUUCUGACUCCUUUGGAAUGCAGUCAGUUGAUACCAAUUUCUUGGCAAAUUCAUCUUCAGUGAUUUGCCUGUUUAUAAGCUCCAUUGUGCCCUGUAGGGGCAAGUGUUUGCUCUCUGUCCCUAACUCUUGUUUCUUGGGUCUCAAACCAUUUUGCAAUUGAUUGACACUUUCUUUGGGACUCACCCUCCAAGCUGUGGUUAAUACCAUGGCCAAGAUGGAAGGGGGAGGGGGGAUGUCCUAGACCAUCAUGCUCACAUUUUGAACCUGGGAGCCUCUAGUCCUAGCCUCCUGUGCCAUCUUGUUCCUUGCACCAGCAACACUUUGACAUCAGGAAAACUGUGUUCAAGCUGAAACCUGCAAUGUAUCUCAACCCUGUCAGUGUUAAUCCCACAUUCACUUUAAAUAAUGCAAAUCUGUGAGUUUCUACUUUCACAGAUCCAAUGUGUGUUCCGUAACGGGAUGAAAAUGGGAGAGCUGGCCUGUCGGUCUACUUUGGAGAUGUGUUUAUCCAGCUUUGUUUUUCAGCUCUUACUGGAAACCCUGUUCUUUAAACCAUGUUUGAAUUCUGAACAUGGAAAUAAAAUAAUAGUAGCUUGCAUUUGAACAGGCAAUAAAGUCACGGCUGCUAUUUACAGACUUCUUGGAUAGCAAAAUAAGUAACAAUAUUUUUAAAAUUCAAAGUUUUUGUAGGCUUUUCCAAAGUCAAGUCAUCCUUGAUGAAUGUUGCUUGCUCAUUAAGAUUUGCAACAGUUAAUUCAUACAUUACCAUUCACUUUUUUUUUUAAACAUUAGCAAACGAGACUUGCAAGGAAGCCAAAGUUCUUCAUUAUUAUUAUUAGUUUUUAUGUGAUAUGUCUGCUGUUAUAACAUAAGAGGGCAAUCAUAUGGUAAGGGGUCAGCACCCCCAUUGAUUCUAAUGACAGGAAAGGUUUGUAGUUAAUAUCACCACCUUAUAUUUGUCUAGCGCCUUAUAGUUUUAUGAAGCAUUUUCACAUAUAUUGUCCUACUUGAACCUCACAUCAAAUUAAUGGGGUUUAAACAGGAUGGGGGGGAGGGGGGAAGAUGAACUGAAGGGGAAUCAGAGUUCCUAACUGCAUCAUUUUGUGUUUGUGUUCAGUUGAAAAUAUUGGCCAAAAGAAUCCCUUAGCAACAAUGCCGUUUCAAAAUAAGUAAACAAUUUUUUUUUACAAAUCUGGCAUUUCCCCUUUAGGGUCUCAGCACCAAAACUGUUCUUCAAGAUUUCCUGCCAUUGGUAAAUCUUCAACAGUGAAUGAUUUCUAGUCACAAUUACUGACUUCCCCCUUUAAUUACCAUUUCGUAUUAACCACAGGGCUUCAUAAUGUGUGCCCGUAUUUGGGCUAGUAGCUAUUCCAUAUCGACAUACCUAACCCACCUCUUCUUGACUUCUAGGAUUCCAUCGACAUCACAACUCCUUCCAUUUCUCUCUUCUACCUCUCCCAUCAUUUCCUUGUAAACAAAGCGACAGACAGCCACCUGGUAGUCUGUUCCUUUUCCUUCUCCUUCUUUAUGAGCAGGUGGUUGAAUGUUCCAAAUGAUUGUUUUCCAAAGGGCCCAGAAGAAUAGGUGACCCUUUCUUUAUGCCGGAGAAAUCAGUGUGUGGUAUUCCUGAUUCUAUAGAUGAUGCAGCUAAAGUUGAUUGUAUUACAUUGCUAUCUGGAAGUGGCGGGGGGGGGGGGGUUGGACCAUAUGCGGUCCUAUGUGAAUGUAAAAGGUCUCUGGGUUUUGUUGUUCAUUCUUUAAUAAAAAUGGGUUUUUGGUUUUGGUUGGCCUUUUUAGGGGGGUCGGGGUAUCUUAAAUGGGAUUUUGGAAAUAACUGAUGCUAUGGCACUUCACCAGCGUAAUGUUGUAGCCAUGGAAAUGGAUCAAAACCAGACAUUGACAUUUACCUACCAUGUGACCCCAGGCCAGUCAUUUAACCUCUGAAUCUCAGGUUCCUAAUCUGUAAAACAGGAUUGAUAAUUUUGCACUACCUACUAACAAGGGUGAUCAUGAAGAAAGUGCUUUGUGAAAUUUAAAGCACUCCAUGAAUAUGAACUGUUACAUGGUUAUCUAAUGGGUGCAUGAUUCCAUGCCUGAGAUUCCAUGGAUCAUCCCAUGCAUUCUGUGCAUGAUUCCAUAGCCUUCACCUAUGCAGGUUGGCUUCUCAUCGUAUGCAUUUCAUAAUGCCCUUCUGAAAAAGCUUCAUAAAGUAUCCAACCGCUACAUCAUCCAGCUUCUUAGUCUUUUCAUAUUUUGUGAAUGACAAAGAUGGGUGUUACAAAAAAAAGCCUAAGGAUUAUUUUUUUUAAACCAUGAAUUUAAUCCUCAACCAUCAUAAACAUUUCUAGAUACAAAGAACAGGAAAGAAAGUUGUAUAACAAAGAAUUUCUGAUACAGUUUUUUUUGAAAGAAAUAUAUAAAGUUUAACAAGGUAGGGACAAAUUUGCCAUUUAUGUCCCCUUCUACAUUUUUACCUUCUGUACAUUUUUAAAAGUUCUAUUGAUCCUUUUUUUCCUGUUAUACGCAUUGAUUUUAUAUAUAGAAAACUGUACCCAUUAUACAUAUCUUAAUGUAAUUAAUACCAUGUACAUAGUAAAUUAUUUUGAUUUCCUGGCGUAAUCCUGGUCCAUUCCUCAACUGUUUUUCCUGAUACUGCCAUGAAACCAAAAGUAACAACCCUAUCUGAAUUGGGUUUUAGGAAUUGGGUUGAAUAGGAAAGCAUUUUAAGUCUUACAAACAUUAAAGUCUAUUACUUCUAA